GAGUAGACAAAAGACUCGAAGAAGAAGAUGGAGAUAAAAGGGCGAGUUGCCCUCGUGACAGGAGCUGCAUCCGGCAUCGGCAAAGCGUAUGCCAUCGAACUGUUGAAUCAAGGUGCCAAGGUGACCAUAUGCGACAUUAAUACCGAAGAAGGGGAGAAACUGGUGGAAACGUUGGCCGCGAAAUAUGGGAAAGAUCGUGUGAUUUUUUCGCAAUGUGAUGUCACGGAUUAUCCGCAAUUUGAAGAAUCGUUUCAAACAACGAUCACGGAAUUCGGUCAUAUUGAUAUUGUUGUCAACAAUGCUGGUAUCAUGAAUGAUCGGUUUUGGGAGCUUGAAGUAGACAUUAAUCUCAACGGAGUAAUACGCGGCACUUUGCUUGCUCAACGAUUUUUGGGUACGGAUAGGGGUGGCCAGGGUGGAAUCGUUAUCAACACCGGCAGCAUCGUCAGUGUCAAUCCUUACGUCAGCGUGCCAAUUUAUUCUGCGACGAAAGCAGCGAUCGUCAGCUUUACCAGAGCUUUUGGAGAUCAAUAUCAUGUAGACUUGACUGGCGUUAAGGUGAUGGCACUCUGUCCGAAUGCCACGGAUACCAAAUUAGUACGAGACGUCAACAGAAAGCUCCUUUUAGCUCGAUACGAGGAUGCCUGGCAAAGGGAUACGGCUUCAACAGUUCCUCAAAGAGCGGAACAUGUGGCAAAGGCGUUAAUACACGUGCUAAACACCGGCAAGAGCGGAAGCGUGUGGCUGGUGGAGAAGGAUCAACCACCGCACGAGAUCAACUUUACGAAGCACCGGUAUGUGCGAGAUUCAUUCGCAGAUCGGUGCUUGACAAGAUUCUCUCGGUGUGAUCCAAAAAUCACGAUUCUUAUUCACUCAGCAUUCCGAAAACAUCUUAAACACAACACGUCUAUAAUGGAGAUUCAGGAGAAAACCGUACUUAUCACCGGCGGAGCCAACGGGAUUGGUUAUUGCACCGCUCGUGAAUUACUUCGAAGUGGAGUGAAAGCCGUCGCAAUCAUAGAUUUAGCCGACUCAAACGGCGAAACUGCUGUAGCCGAAUUGGAGAAGGAGUUCGGCGCAGACCGUGCUAUUUUCCUCAUUGGAAAUGUAGCAAAUGCUGAAGAACUCACAGCUUCUUUCGACAAGGCGAUAGAGACACUUGGCACACUGGACAUCGUUAUCAAUAAUGCCGGUAUUAUGAAUGACGCCGAAUGGGAGCCUAUGGUUGAUAUUAAUUACAAAGGAGUUGUGUGUGGCACGAUAUUGGGCCUUAAUCAUAUGGGAAAGCACAAGGGGGGAAAAGGUGGUACUAUCGUUAAUAUGUCCUCAAUAGCUGGCUUGCAAAGUACUCCGCUCGCGCCGAUUUACGCCGGGACGCAAUUUGCCAUUCUCGGAUUUACUUCGUCAUUACAGACUUUCUACGAAAAAACAGGCGUACGUGUGUCGGUUAUAUGUCCUGGUCUCACGACCACUGAUAUGGCUUCGAAGUUUAUGUCGAGUAAAGUCUAUGCGAUGGAUGUCCUCGAUGACGAGAUUGCUGCUCAAGCGAUGACAACGUUCGAGAGUCAAUCACCCGAGCACGUAGCGACUGCUAUCGUGGAAUUGAUCGAGAAGGGGAAGAAUGGCGCAAUCUUUGUCAGCGAAAACAAUCAACCCGUAUACUCUGUGCAAUUACCGUCUUAUGCCGAUCUGAAAAUUUCAGUGUAAAGUCUGCAUUCUACGGCGAAUCAUCCUUAGUACACGGACACCGGCGUCAGAGAUCUGUAAUUCAUAAAGAUGAAUGUUUUCGAUUGAAAUGAGAGUUUUAAAGAGUUUUGUAACUUUACAUCGAUAAACAAUAUUUAACAUAAAAUGAUAUAUAGAAUCCUUUAAUAAUAAUAUUAGUAACAACUAAUAAUUAAUA